UUUUGCUUUAUUCGGUUGUCGUGUAGAUACAUGCUAUAAGUAAAAGAGUAGUAGCUAUCAAUAAAUCAUUUAUUAGUUAACAGAUAAAAAUACAUCUGCAAUUAAUAGUUUAACCAAAUAAUACUGAAAAUAGAUAUUUAGUCCAUCGUUUUUAAUUUGAAAAUAUAUUGACACUAAUAUUGACAAAUAUAGCAUCAUAUUUGGUUAUAUGUUUUUUUUUUUUAUGAAGAGCGUUCUUCAAAACACUCAGUCGAGUUGGAUUUCAAUUUAAAACUGACAAUGAUUGAAAUAAUUCUUUAUAUAAUUGUUGUUAUUUUUGUGGUUAUGUGGUGUUACUUCAAAUGGCACAAUAGGCAAUUUGAAAAGUUAUCAGCUAUGAUGCCCGGACCUACAGCUUACCCGAUCAUUGGAAUAGGCUAUCAAUUUAUUGGAGCUACGUCAGAACAGAUCAUAAGCAAAAUAAUUGAAUACGAAAAACAUUAUAAUCUCGAGCCAUUUAGAGUAUGGGUUGGACCAUAUUUUGGAGUUGUCAUUAUUAAACCGGAAGACCUACAAAUAGUCUUAAAUAGUUCAAAGUCACUCCAGAAAGGCAUAUUAUAUGAUUUUUUCAAAAAUGUUGUUGGUGAAGGCUUAUUUUCUGCACCAGUUGAUAAAUGGCGGAAACAUCGACGCAUGAUAUCUCCCUUGUUUAAUGGUAAACUUUUAGAACAGUUUUUCCCAGUAUUUAUCGAGAAAAAUCAAAUCCUUAUAAGGAAUGUCAAGAAACAUUUAAAUGAAACCCAAGCGUUCGAUCUCUGGGACUAUAUUGCACCAGCUGCACUUGAUACUAUUUGUCAAAACACCAUGGGUUACAAUCUUGACACUCAAUCAAACCAAAAUGAAUGUGAAUUUGCAGAAGCAAUGUUAAGAGCAUCAGACUUAGACGGAAUGCGAAUUUACAAACCAUGGUUAUAUCCAAAAAUCAUGUUUUCAAUGUAUGUAAGACUCACUGGACAGCAAAGACUCUUCGAAACUGUCCAAAAAUUUCCAUUACAAGUAAUCAAGGAGAAGAAAGGUGAAUUUGACAAGAGAAAAAAUGAAAUUAAUGCUAAAAUAAACUUAACCAACAAUAACAACGAAAACCAAUCAAAACUUUUUUUGGACACAUUGUUUGAACUGAACAGCGGUGGUGAACAUUUUUCAGAUUCUGAUAUUAGAGAUGAAGUUAUAACCAUGUUGACGGGGGGCAGUGAAACCAGCGCUAUCACAAUCUGUUUUUGUCUUUUGAUAUUAGCAAUGGAACAAGAUAUCCAAGAUAAAGUAUAUGACGAAAUUUACGAUGUAUUUGGUGAAGGUGACCAAACAAUAACUAUUGAAGACACUACUCGGCUUGUGUACUUAGAACAAGUGAUAAGAGAAACCCUUCGGUUAUACCCUGUUGGGCCAGUGUUACUCAGAGAAACUCAAGAAGAUCUUCAAAUAUUUUCAAGUAAUUACGUAUUGCCUAAAGGAACAAUGUGUGUCUUAACCCCAUUAGGAACACAUCAUAGUCCUGAUUUGUACCCGGAUCCUUGGACUUUUGACCCUGAAAGAUUCAGCCCAGAAAAUGUAGCUAAACGUCAUAGAUAUAGCUUUAUACCUUUUAGCGGCGGGCCAAGGGGUUGCAUAGGAUCCAAAUAUGCCAUGUUGUCGAUGAAAGUAGCUGUGUCAACAUUCUUGCGAAACUUUAGCGUACAUACCGAUAUCAAAUAUACAGAUAUUAAAUUAAAAUUAGGUUUAUUGAUGAGAAGUGCUAAUGGUUAUCCUGUUACGAUUCGACCUAGAGACAAAAGACCAAAAUAUUAUGAGGAAAAUCAGAUGUCACUAGCAUAAUGCCUAAUUGAUUAAUCAAAUUAGUUAUUUUUUUUAAUUUUUAUGCUAGAAAUAAGUAUAAUUAAUAAAGAAAUAAACCAUAUUCAUUUUUGAAUACAAGACAUGAUGUGGACAAGAAUAAGCUGCUAAGUAGAGGUUACUCACUACUCAGUAAUUUAUCAACUUACUCAUUUCAAGGCUCAGUGCUCCAGAAGUUUUUUUCACUACUGAGAUAAUUUUAACACAAUUUAAUAAAAAGAUAUAUUUUUUUUUAAAUUAAUCGAUUGAAAUAUAAAUUAAAUUAUUUAAUAUCAUAGAAAAAUUAUAUUAUUUAUUAACUAUGAAUCAUAUUAGUUUUUAUGAGUAAGAUAUGAUAUAAAAAACAACCCAUACACAAAAAAGUUUUAGUUAGAGUCUUUAGGUGAUAGAUACAUUCAACUUUUCUAUAAAUAUAUAUAUAUAUUUUUUUAAUCAUACUUUUAGCUUAGAUUCAUAAUAUUUAUUUCUAUUUGUUUACUUACUUGAAAUGCGUGUUAAACAUUUAUGUUUACUUAAAAGCUUUAAAGAAUAACUUUAUAGUUUACUGUCAGAUGUGUAUAUUACACUAUUUUUGUAUAAAUAUUGUUCGAUAUCCUUACUAUAAACCCAUCUCGUCAGCCUAACGACCUAUAUCAAAUUGUUAUUUUAUCCUUGACAACAUGAAAUAAAUGUUUAUACAGUCCACACAUGAUGUUAUUAGUAUUAUUAUAAAUACUAUCAAGAGAGAAAUGUUCCCUUUCCUUCAUUUUUCAACGUGUCCCAUUCGAACCGGAUUUAAAUGAGUUUGUGUAGUGCUGAAAUUGUCAUAAGUUGUACUAAGUGCAAUGUAUAAAUUAUUAUUUAUGUUUGCAUCUGCAGGUGUGAAGGUCUAAAGCUCGUCGUGAUUUCAUUACAUGUUUGGAUAUAUAAAUCAAGAUUCGACAGAACAGAUCAGUUUAAUAAUAUCGUAAAAUGAAGAUCACGAUUUAUGGCAUCUCUAAAUAUUUCGGCCGGAUGAAUUUUCAUUGAAAUUAAUUUUAGGGGGAACCUUAUAGGAAGUACUGAAAUACAUAUUUUGUGAAAUGUUCAACAUUUUAACAUUAACGCCCAGUAAAAAAUGGAUUUUUUUUUAUGUUUACAGUUAUUUUUAGCACAUGAUUUGGAUUAACGGAAUUUUUUCAAGUCGAUUUUGACAGCCAUUAUUCAAUUUCGAAAAAAAAAAUGUUUAAUUUAUCUGUAUAGCUUAUUGAUUUUAGGUUAUUAUUUUAUUAUUAUUAUUAUUAUUAUUAUUGUUAUUAUUUAGGAAAUUUUAUUUAUUUCAUUAAUAAUUAUCAUUUUUAUGCGAAAAUCUUCACUUUCUUUAAGACAUUUAUAUUUUUAAUUUUUAUAAUUGAUU